AUGGGCCCUUUUCUCCCGGCGAUUUGCGUCGUGCUGCUCGCCGUGAACGCCGCUGUCUCGCCGGCUUCUGUCGGCCCUGAGGACUAUCCCGCCGCGGACGAGGCCGAGAGAACUGCCAACAAUGACAUCAUUUUCGAUGACUACCGAGGGAAAGGCUGCGUGGAUGACAGUGGCUUCGUGUACAAGCUCGGGGAACGUUUCUUCCCGGGCCACUCGAACUGCCCGUGCGUGUGCACGGAGGACGGACCUGUCUGUGACCAACCCGAGUGCCCUAAGAUACACCCCAAGUGCACCAAGGUGGAACACAACGGGUGUUGCCCUGAAUGCAAGGAGGUCAAAAACUUCUGUGAAUACAGAGGGAAGACUUAUAAAAUCCUGGAGGAGUUCAAGGUGUUUCACCUACAGGGUCCCCCUGCAGCCAUGGAAGGGAGCCACUCCACCGCCGCACCCCCAGCCACUGCUCAGCUGCAAGCAAGAGGCCGGAGCUAUAGGCCUUCACCCUGUGAAUGGUGUCGCUGCGAGCCAAAUAACGAGGUGCACUGUGUGGUCGCUGACUGUGCAGUACCAGAGUGCGUCAACCCAGUAUACGAGCCAGAACAGUGCUGCCCCAUCUGUAAAAAUGGUCCAAAUUGCUUCGCUGGAACCACAAUCAUCCCAGCUGGCAUUGAAGUGAAGGUGGACGACUGCACCAUCUGUCGGUGCCACAGCGGGGACUGGUGGAAGCCUGCGCAGUGCUUGCGGCGGGAGUGCCUCAACGGUCAGACGUCGUCAUAGAAACCCUCCGGAGCUGAAGGGAGGGACACCGAUGUGCGGCACGGCUGUCAGCACAGGGGACGGCCCACCUUUUGACAGCGAGAGACUGACUGGCAGGAGCACAAUUCCUCUGGCAAACUGAGACGGCUGGACAAGCUGCGAUACAUGGACAUGGACUCACAUACAUACUGUACACUCAAACACACACAUACAUAAAAGUCCUUGGCAGAAUCAUAACAGUUUGUCUUUCACUGAGAACACAUUUUUCUCCUGCGAUGAGUUUAUACUAGGGUGAACCUCAUGAAAAUAUUUCACUCCAAAAUCAAAAGAAAUAAAAUAAGAAAUGGUACGUCACAUAAAGAAAAUAGUUUAUUUUAGAAUUUUUAGGAUUGACACUUUUUUUUUUUUUUUUUUGUAAUUGCCAAUAUUCAUUGGGAUUUUCAUUAGAUUCUCACUAAUGAAAAUUUACAAAUUUUGAUUAUUGACUUUUUUUUUUUUUUUUUUGCAUUUUUACUUUUUUCAUAAAAAUGACCCCAUCGCAAUUCUCAUUUUAUAUUUCCACCAAAAUUACUUUAAUCUUUAAUGCAUCCAAAUGUUUUAUUUCAGUUUUUUUUAUUGCCAUUAUUCACAGAGAUUUUAUUUAGAUUAUUUUUACUGUAUUAAUAAAUAUUAAAAUAUCAAAUUAUUAAAUAUUAAAACCUCAAAAUAAUAUUAAUUUUAAAAAAUAAAAUAAUGAAACAUUUAAAUCAUAAAUUAAAGUAUCACUUUACAACAAAGAUUUAAAAAAAAAAAAAAUCCCAUUACAUUAAUAAGAAUUACAGUACAAUACAAUAAUGAGAAUGAAGAUUUUUUUGCAUUGCCGUAAUGACAAUUUAAGGUUAAAUGUGCUUAAGUGUUAAAAUACCUUAACAGUCCUUAAACAAGCUUCAUUUUCUUUAGGCAAAAUACAAUUUCUUAUUUUGUUCAUUUGAUUUGGAGUGAAAUAUGAUCUGGACAUGUUCUUGACUGGUUUCAUGCGAUUCACCCACUAGUUUUAUUAGUUGCUUAUGCUGCUUAAACACAGUGUUUGUAUAUUUCACGAGACCUUGAGUGCUCAAUGAGAACAUUUAAACCUAAAAUAGCACCUCAGUCCUUCGAAGAUAAAGCUGAUUAUUUUCGUCUGAGCUUACAGUGAGAUACUGAAGCACAGCAAACAUUACAGCAUUACAUACACAAAACCACACCUCCACUAGUCCUGUACGAGCCUCUGUGUUCCCACAUUUGUUGAGUGUGAGUGAUAUUUAGUGGUAGUAUUACUAGGGGGUAUGAACUUGUUCAUUAAGAAACAUGAUUAAUGACAAGUUUGAUUUUAAUUGUCUAAUUAAUGGAACAAGAGGGAAUAAGGUAGAUCUACACCACAUAAUUGGAAAAUGGCCCAAGAGAAACACGGCUGAGAAGUGAAGAUGAUUCAGUGAUUGUUCAGGGAAAUUAUUUUAUUGCUUCAUUCAUAUGAGAAUGGAUUCAGUGGUAUAGGUGGGAAACACUUUCCAUUAAUAGGGUACACUUUUGCAUCCUAUGAUGUUAAACAUUAGAGGCAUAAAUAUUUUAUAUAAUAUAAUAAUAAUAAUAAUAAUAAUAGUUUACAUGACUAUAUUAUUAUAUAGUAAGAUUUUUUUUAAAUAAAUUAAUACAGCAAGGAUGCAUUAAAUUGAUCAAAAGUGACAGUAAAGACAUUUAUAAUGUUACAAAAGAUUUCUAUUUCUAAUAACUGUUGUUCUUUUGAAACUUCUAUUCAUAGAAUUAUAUAAAAAAAAAUAUUUCCACAUUUUUUUUAACAUUGAUAAGUAAUUUUUCUUGAGCCGCAAAUCAACAUAUUAGAAUGAUUUCUGAAGAAUCAUGUGACACUGAAGACUGGAGUAAUGAUGCUGAAAAUUCUAGGGAUGCACGAUAUAUCGGCCACCAUAUCGGUAUCGGCCAAUAUAUGUUCAUUCUGAAUGUUAUCGUUAUCGGCCAAAUUAUCUUAUAUAUCAAAACCGAUAAAUAAUGGAUUAUUUCCUUCAGCUGAAACACUUCAGAUGCACACCGUUCACUAUGAUGGCUUUGAAUUGCUUGAAAUAUGAUUGAAGUCACUUCAGAAAGGAAAAUACAGUUAAGUGCAACAUGUGCAGCGCAAGUCUGUCAUAUUACAUAAAAUUAUAAUAUGAACAUUAUAAUUGUGUGCUUGGGACAUGGCUUUUAAUGGUGAAACUUUUGUUUUUGUAAUCAGGCUCUUAAAAAUUAUAUAAAAAUUUGGAUUUAGAUUUAUCGGCCAAUGUAUCGGUUAUCGGCCUUCAAAUAUAAAGAAUUAUCGGUUAUCGGUAUCGGUCAAAAUUUUCAUAUCGGUGCAUCCCUAGAAAAUUCAGCUUUGCGUCACAGGAAUAAAUUACAGUUUAAAAUAUAUUCAAAAAGAAAACCAUUAUUUUUAAUUGUAAUAAUAUUUCAUAAUAUAUUACUUUAUUUUUGAUCAAUUAACUGCAGCUUUGGUGAGCAUAACAGACUUACCGACCCCAACCGACCCCACAUAUAUAUCAUUAUGCAGUCUUCCAAUCAGUUUGCAAAAUCAGUUUUUUCCAAUCAGUUUUAUCCCAAGCCCAAACAAACACACUUUCCUAAAGUCUUGCAGCUUGAACUUAUUAUAUACACUGUAUUAUAUUAUAUUAUAUCUAAAAAUACAGUGUAUAUAAUAACUAAUACGCUAUUCAAAGACAAUAACAAAAUCAGAGUUUAAACAAUUUAGGCACAUCCUAAUGACAAAAUCUCAUAAAAAAAUAAAUACAUUAAAUAAAACAGCUCCUAAAUAUUUAGUUUUAACCUCUGCUUUCUUGAAGGUUAAACACUUCCUUUCAUUCAUCAUUUGUUAAAUAAAUGUGGCAAUAAAUUGUACCCUAUUCGUGGAAAGUGUCCUCUAACCAAUCUCUACCGUAAUGCAGUUCUCUCAUCUGUUUGCAAAACCCUUGUUUUUCUCUCCCAAGCCCAAACAAACACGCAUUCCUAAAAUCUAGCAGCUUGAACUUGUUAUCUAAGCAAUUAGCCAGCCCACAGCAGCCUACUUUAAUUUUCCUUAAUCAGGCAAUAUGCAGUGAUAAAUUAUCCGCCUCUGCCCUCUGUGGUACUGCCCGGCAGACACACAGCCCAGCAUGCAGAGGGCUAAAACAAAGGAAGGAAUCUGCAUACAGUCUGGUGCUUCAAAGCCACGUUCAUAACCACUUCUUUUGAUCUUCAGCGCAUCCGUAACCUCGGCUCACGGCAAUUUCGCUUGCAGCUUAGAAGGAAGAUGUUGAUCAACUGCACUUUGAGAAGCACUUAAACCAAUAAGAACCUCUAGACAGACUCUGAGCCGCUUUCAGCCCACAUUCGCUGAAGAUUUUUCUGUAUCGUCAUAACACAUCUGUGCAGAGACCUAAUACAGCACAAUGUUACAGCAACGACCAUCAUUCAGGUUUAACUAAUGCAUAGCUUAUAGACCCCCUUUAAAACAGGCACCCACUUCCCUGAUUCCCCUUCUUUCUUUCUUUUUUUUUCCUCAAUGAUGAAUACCAGUCAUUAAUUCAAUAGGAACUUCACCAAGCACCUGUGAUUUAUCAUAGGUAUUUUUCCCCUCCAAGAGAAUUCAAUGCCUUUAACCUUUUGGACUCUGUUUCUAAGCACUGAUGGAUGAGCUACUUAAUAACAGAUCUGCAGAUUUGGUAAUGAGACGACAAUGAAUGCAAUAGCGUGACCGCCAAAGGUACUAGAUUAUAUAUAUAUAUAUAUAU